UCCAUCCGCAACCCUCACUGGUCAUAUAUCCACCUCGAACACAUGCAUUCCACUUCCACUUCAAGUUCCAUCUCAAAUAUCAAUCAACAAGAGGGAAAAGAAGAAUUAGAUCCCGUGACGGCGCAAUUGCACCUCUCUGCUGCUCUGUCGGCAUUGCAUGGCUUGCACGGCUUGGCCAUCCCCAUCGAUUUGCUUCACAUCACAGGCCAACAGGUCUGGUUGAGAACGCCUGCUGAUGAUCGAAGUGCGGUGCUUGCAGCUGUUGGCGGAUGGAUGAGUAACAGUGGCGAUAGAUGGCGCAUCAAGGGCUGGAGUCACUGGAGCGCGAGCGCACUCGGGCGAGAUGCUGGGCAGGACUUG